ACUCUUCUAGCGUGGGCUACUGGAACGCCUCCCUUCAACCAAUAGCAUUUGCUUGGAACGCAAAAUCGGACACGUGUCAAAUUCCAAUUGGUAAUGCCGGGGAGCUCUUGCAUCCUAUAUAAACGCGCACUGUCUCGUCAUCGAGCACGGAGCAGAAAGAGCGAUGGCGAGAACGGGGUUCAUUUCCGUUGCACUGCUAUGGACUUUGGUUCUGUUUGGAACCCUAGCUGUCAUUCAGGCAAAGAAAUCGAAAGAGGAUUUGAAAGAAGUGACUCACAAAGUAUUCUUUGAUGUUGAGAUUGAUGGAAAACCUGCUGGUCGAAUAGUUUUUGGUCUCUUUGGGAAGGCUGUUCCUAAGACUGCAGAAAAUUUCCGAGCACUCUGCACAGGGGAGAAGGGUGUAGGAAAGAGUGGGAAACCUCUGCAUUACAAGGGGAGCACAUUCCACAGGAUCAUUCCUAGCUUUAUGAUCCAAGGUGGUGAUUUCACACUUGGUGAUGGAAGAGGUGGAGAAUCUAUUUACGGUGAAAAGUUUGCUGAUGAGAAUUUCAAGUUGAAGCAUACCGGACCAGGGCUGCUGUCAAUGGCCAAUGCUGGUCCAGACACAAAUGGCUCGCAAUUCUUCAUCACAACAGUGACAACUAGCUGGUUGGACGGCCGACAUGUUGUAUUCGGGAAGGUGCUCUCUGGAAUGGAUGUGGUUUACAAGAUGGAAGCUGAAGGGAAGCAGAGUGGCACACCAAAAUCCAAAGUUGUGGUUGCAGACAGCGGGGAACUUCCUUUAUGAUUUCCCUCUUUUUUGUUCUUUCUUUCCAGCAUGUUUCGUGAGGGUAGCAGCUUGUUUUUAUUUCCUCACCUAUAAUUGAGAACCUCUUUCGAAGAUGCAAUCUCAGAUAAUCUAAUUUGCGCA